CUCAUGGACCGUGACCCUACCCUGUACUGCGUCUCCGCCUGGAAUGACCUCAGCAGCAGCACGUCCUUGGGAGAUCCCAGCGUGGUGAUGAGAUCCGAGACCAUGGCGGGCCUGGGCUGGCUCCUGAAGAGGGACAUCUACGACGAAAUCAUCCCGAGGUGGCCGGCGCGCGAUCAGCGCGUUGACUGGGACAUGUGGAUGCGCCUUCCUGCCCAGCAGAAGGGUCGGGAGUGUCUCGUUCCGGAGGUGUCUCGAACAUUCCACUUCGGAAACAGCGGCGCGCAUCUCACGGCCUAUUUCCAGUCGAUGUAUUUCUCGAAGUUUCCUUUUAAUAAAAUUCCCAACGUGAGGCUGAAGGAUCUCGACAGAAUGGGCCCGGAAUCCUACGACAGGAUGCUGAAGGAAAUGCUCUCAGGAGCCGAGCAUCUCAAGGGAGACACUACCAACCCCUGCGACGCGAACUUCCUGCCUCUGAAUGCUACCACUCCGCACGUCCUGUGGUUUAAAAUGAACGAGCCUAUCGACAACUACACCUACACGGGCAUUAUCGGAUGCCUGAAGCGGUGGGAUCUGGACACUCGCGGCGAACACAAGGGGCUGUGGCGGAUCAAGGUACAGGGGACGCCCUUGCUGCUCGUCGGCUGGCCUUUCUCGCCCUUCUCAGUCUUGAAGCCGAAGGAGAUCAACAUCCUGCAGCGUUAUAACCCCGAAAUAGAACUGAAAGAUGACCCAGUCUACCUCCUACCUAAUGGGCCGGGGUUAGGCGUAAGCUGACCUGACCUGAUCUGACUUCAUUCCUUCUAGAAGCUUUUGUGUCUCUGUUUUAAUGUAUGUAUUUAUUGUAUACGAUUCUGGAAAUGUUAUUCCUCUUUACUUGUUUCCGAUUUCACGUUGACGUUGACGUAAGAUGUAAGCGAGAGAGUUACUGUAUCGUUAUUAUUGUACAUAAUGUUCUAAAUUACUGAAAUUUAUGUCAAACAGACGAUGCAAGUUUUCUUUCUAAAUCAUUACCAAAAGAUUAGUAUGGGAAUGGUCCAAACUGCUUGGCGUUAUUAAAUUCUAUACUAUAGUCGUCCAUAUCAUUUGAACGUUUUCUAUG